AUGUUCCUUCUCAAUGACACCCAGUUCCACCUCAUCUCCUUCUUGUUGCUGGGGAUUCCAGGGAUGGAAACAUUGCAUGUCUGGAUUGGCUUUCCUUUUUGUGCUGUGUACAUGAUUGCCCUCAUGGGGAACUUCACUAUCCUGUUUGUGAUCUGGGUUGAGAGCAGCCUACACCAGCCUAUGUUUUACUUCCUGGCCAUGUUGGCUGCUAUUGAUUUGGGUCUGUCCACAGCUACCAUCCCCAAGAUGCUCGGGAUCUUCUGGUUCAACCUCAGAGAGAUCAUCUUUGAAGCCUGCCUCAUGCAGAUGUUUUUCAUUCACAGCUUCACACUUAUGGAGUCAGCAGUCUUGUUGGCAAUGGCUUAUGAUCGCUAUGUGGCCAUCUGCGAUCCGCUUCGAUACAGCACCGUCCUCACCAACAAGAUUGUCUCUGUGAUUGGUGUUGGUGUGUUAGUGAGGGCAUUUAUUUUUGUGAUUCCAUUUGUGUUUCUUAUUUUGCGACUGCCCUUCUGUGGGAAUCAUGUCAUUCCCCAUACCUACUGUGAACACAUGGGUCUGGCUCGUCUGUCUUGUGCCAGCAUCAAGAUCAAUAUUAUUUAUGGCUUAUGUGCAAUUUGUAAUCUAGUAUUUGACAUCAUAGCCAUUGCCCUUUCUUAUGUUCAGAUACUCCGUGCCGUUUUCCGUCUUCCUUCCCGUGAAGCCCGACUCAAGUCCCUCAGCACAUGUGGUUCUCAUGUUUGUGUAAUUCUUGCCUUCUAUACACCAGCCCUCUUUUCCUUUAUGACACAUCGCUUUGGCCAUAACGUCCCCCGCUAUAUCCACAUACUCCUGGCCAAUCUUUAUGUCGUAGUGCCACCAAUGCUCAACCCUGUCAUCUACGGAGUCAGAACCAAACAGAUUUAUGACCGUGUGAAGAAAAUAAUAUUAAAGAAACAAGGAAAGGAAAAAUAA